UGGACCCGAUACGGGCCACGCCACGUGCGAAAUAGAAUUUGCACUUCGCGUUUCCGAACUUCCGAAGGCUCCGUCGCAGGUCGCCGCUGCUCCAAAAGCCCUCGCGUCGCCGCCGGCCGCCGUUGGUCAUCGCUGACGCAUAUCCAGCGGUUCUCCUUGCCCCUCGCCCCGCCCCCACUCCUCUCGACGCCAACGAUGGAGGGCCUACUCCUCGACAAGCCUCUGAACCCGAACAAGCUCCUCAAGGAGCAGUUCGUGAGCAACCUGACGGGGUCCUCCCUGGCGGAGAUCGCGGCGCUCUCCACCAUCGUGCCGGCAUUGGUGGUUCUGAGGAAGUGGAGCAGCGGAGAUAAUACUUGGAGGGAUACAGCAAAGAAAAACGAUGAUGUCCAUCCUGUUCGCAAAGAUUGGAUGCAUUACUUUUCUGCGCUGCUUGUAGAUUAUCUCACUGUUGUAUUGCCGAUCUUGUUGGUCUUCACAGUCUUGGCCGAAUGGGUUUAUACUUGUGCCAUUUCUCUUGUAAUCCUGAUUCCUAUCUACAUCAUGAAUAAAGGGUUUCAGUCUCAUCUUAAAGCUGAACUCAAUCGGCUUCCUUCACUCAGGGCAGACAUUUCUUCUUACCGAGUGUCAGUGGUUCUAGUGACAUGUUUGUGCAUAUUGGCGGUGGACUUCAAAAUCUUUCCAAGACGCUAUGCUAAGGCUGAAACAUAUGGUAGUGGCAUUAUGGAUCUUGGAGUAGGAUCUUUCGUAGUGGCUAACGCACUGGUAUCCAGACAAGCACGAAACAUAACCUCAAUGAGCUUCAAGGCAGCGCUGAGUUCCAUAAGUCCAUUAGUAUUUCUUGGCUUUGCUCGCAUUGUCUCCACAUUGGGGGUUGAUUAUCAGGUUCAUGUAGGAGAAUAUGGUGUUCAUUGGAACUUUUUUUUCACCCUUGCAGCAAUUUCUAUCCUUACAUCCAUUGUCAGGAUUCAUCCAAAAUAUUGUGGCUUAGUGGGUCUGCUUAUCCUUGCAGGAUACCAGAUAUGGCUAUCUUUUGGACUGAAUGAGUACCUCAUUUCUGAUGAAAGAAAUGCUGAUAUAAUCAGCCAGAAUAAGGAAGGUGUCUAUAGCAUACUUGGAUACUGGGGUAUGUUUCUAAUUGGUGUUUCUCUGGGUUACUAUCUGUUCGUUGAUACUAGUUCGAAAGGCAGGAGCAGGAACACUCAAGUGGUAAAAGUCUGGGUUCUUGCUGCAUCUUUUUGGAUUUUGGCAGUCGUCCUUGACAGCUAUAUUGAGAGAGUUUCUCGACGAAUGUGCAACUUCGCUUAUGUUAUGCUUGUUUUUGGCCAGAAUUUUCAGGUUUUAUCUAUCCUGACGUUAGCAGGGUUCGUUUCAUAUGAAAAUAACUUGGUUCUUGAAGAUGCAUUCAAUCAAAAUAUGCUUGGUUCAUUCCUUCUGGCAAAUAUCCUAACUGGCUUGGUAAAUCUCUCAGUUGACACACUGUCUUCGUCUUCCCUUGCUGCCUUCAUGAUUAUGUCAGUGUACACCUUUACUUUAUGCAUGGUUGCGGGUCUUGCCCAUUUUUGUGGUUUUAGAAUGAAAUUCUGGUGAUUGUGAGUUAUUUGAUAUGUUGUAUGUAUUAAUUGAUUCUUCAGCAAUCUAGCUCAUUUGGAAUAAUGCCAAAUUGCUGACCUAAUUAGUUGAUCCAGUCAUUAACUCUGCCUACACUCUGGAUCUGACUUUUUCUGGCUUGUUCACUUCAUGAAACCAUUGCCAAGAGAAGUGCCCAAGUUUCCUUGUGUCCCAUCGAAAGAGGACGAUAGCAUUUAAACAUACUUGACUUAUCCUGUUCCAAACUGAAAAAAGCUGGCAUUGAAGGUGUUGGGCUAUCCUUGCACUCAUACCUCCCAUGGGGCGAGGACCAUGGCGUACAGGUGAUGGUAGUGCCCAGGCAACGAAAGCCAGGUGGUGUUCGCUCAUUUGAUGAGUUUGUGACUCUCAGGGCCCUGAAUCAACCAAGCCGAGCACAGCUUGAUAAGCUCUGCUGUAACGCAGUCAUCUUUUCAUAUCCCCGAUGUUUCAUGUGAUUUUUCUUUUACAGAAUCUCUGCUUUCUAAGCAUGCUGUAAGUUUUCGACAAAAAAAAACCUAGCAAUGUUUAGCUCAAACGUAGGGGAACAUCACAUUCGAAUUGGACGCUAACCUGGAUGAGCCGGCCAUGCUCCUCAGCCUAUUUGCAAUAUCUUGCCCGCGCCAGCCUGACUGGAAGGACGGCCUUGAUGGCGGUGGUCGCUGUUGCAAUAAGUUUGCACGAGGACUUGUGAAUUCUGUGGUGUUGGUUGACCUAAUUGGAAUUCCCUCAGGGUUGAUGAGGAGGUGUAACUGUUGCUGGAUAUGACAUGAAACUCUGCUAGAAAGACAGCAUAGAUGGGAAGUUCGAACUUCUUUUCGACUACUACUACUAGCUACUGUAACCGAA